AUGGCAUCGCCUACCGUGGAGCAAGGAAGGGCAUCCUCAGCCACUCCGUCUAAACUUGUUGGAUUGCCGACUGGCCGCUCUGCAACACCCAAGUCGGCCUCUGCGCAAACACCCCCUGCAAAACUUGAUGACGACACGAUCGAAGACGUGAUCCAACGUGCGACUGCAUCCGCAGGUGCCGGCCCCCCUCCUGGAAAGGAUACUCGCACUCAGUUAUUCGUUGGUAACCUACCCUAUCGUGUACGAUGGCAAGACCUCAAGGAUCUUUUCCGUAAAGCGGGAACUGUGCUUCGGGCAGAUGUUAGUCUUGGUCCUGAUAACCGGAGCAGGGGCUAUGGGACUGUGCUGCUGGCAACUGCGGAGGAUGCUGGAAAGGCAACUGACAUGUACAACGGGUAUGUUUGGCAAAAUCGAACACUCGAGGUCAGACCCGAUCGUCUUCCGCCAGAACUUGACAUGGGAUUGAAUCACGGGAAUCCUUCUGGAGGCGUGUCCACUGUCCCGGUUACCAAUCCAAUGGUUCCUCUGGCAGUUCCUCAGCCAGGUCAUGCGCUUGACCCGCUCUCGAGGCCGAUGAGUGCAGCACUUGGCCAAGAUGCACCAGCCCAUUCUCCUGGAAUUUUUGCACCUUCUCCAUUCGGGCCAAGCCCCUCGAAUUGGUCCAACACAGCGUUUCAAGGAGGUGCCUCCAAUCGACAGUUGUUCAUAGGAAAUCUGCCGUUUCAAUGCCAAUGGCAAGAUCUCAAGGACUUGUUUCGUGCGGCGGGCCAAAUUUUGCGUGCGGAUGUGGCGCUGGGACCUGACGGUCGCUCACGAGGUUUUGGUACCGUCGUAUACGCAAAAGAAUCGGAUGCUGCCCGAGCAGUAACCAUGUUCAACGGAUAUGACUAUAAUGGUCGCAUCCUAAAGGUUCAUUAUGAUCGGUACUCUCCUACGAAUCAAUCCGGAACUCUUUCGCCAACUUCCAUGCACGCUGUUGUUUCUGGUCCUCUUGGUAUCAUGGUGCCGCCCUUGCAAACCGAAAACGUGCCGCCAUCAAACCAUCAAAGUGGGAGUAUGCACCUUGCGAUGCCUCAAACCCCCGAGUAUAUGCUAUUCCCUCCACGCUCCCAACCGGCAUCUCCAUUUGAACAAUACCCUUCUGCCACCCAGAUGCAUGCUCUCAUGAAUGCCUAUGAACGCGCUGCUUUGUCUCCGCCCCCUGGAGGAAGAAAUGUUCUCGACAGUGCGGGGCUCCCGCCCUCAGAUCCUGGAUCUCCAGGAUAUGGCCCCGGAUCUCCGCACAUGUCUCAAAAUUUGAACCCUCAUCCCCACCCUGGUCCGAUUACUCUACCUCCUGUCGGGGUCACACAAUUUCCACCAGCUAGUGCCCUUUCGCCAUUGCUGACCCGCGCUGGUGGCUUGCCGCCGAUGACACCUUCAAUGCCUGGAUUCAACUUCAAUCCACAAGCGGUUGCGACACCUCCUUUGCACCCGCAUUUCCUCUCACCUGGACUAGGACCUUUUAGUCCCCAACUCCAUAGCCCGCCAUUUGUACCAUCGGCGCCUAAUCCAUAUCUCAAUCCUGCGCCAGGGGCCCCUCCACGAUUACCCAAUGCACCUUCCAGUUUGUUCAGUAAUGGACCAGGUGCCUUUGGGAUGCAUCAUGCGCCUUCCACCACGCAUUCCGGCUACUUCCCUCCACCACAUGAUACGGGGUACUUCAUCAGCGUACCACCCGGAGAAGGCAACAAAGAAAAGGAGCAAGAGGGUGGCUCGAUCGCACAUUCCGAGACUCCACAGAUCGGCCUUGACGGAGCACCUACUGGGGGCAUUACGACUUCAUUCGAUGUAGGAGAUGGACUUGCUCUUCAGUUGCGCGAUGUCAAACUGGACGAGAGUGACCCUAUUGUUGGAGAUGUGCCUCGACGACCGUCUAUGGGACCCGCUCGAUCGAGUUUACCUGAAGUCGCAAAGAUUGAUGUUACGGGAUCCACCGAAUCAGCAUUGGCCAUUACUCCCGAUGAGGAAACCGGCACUGUGCUCGGAUUAGGCCUUGGUACCACUCGGGUCUCGAGUGUGUUGCGCAACAACUUGAACGACGAGCCAGGAUUUGGUCCUGUGGGAGUGGUGACAGACGCGCAAGCUGGAACGCCACCACCUCGAGAGUACGUGCUGGAAUACAAGCCCCCGUCCCAUGAUGUGAUAUAA